ACUCUACAAAGAAUCAAAGGAAUCCCAGAUAAAUAUCUGAAAUCUUCAUUCUAUAAUUAAAUUACCAUAUAUAAAACUUUGUUCUAUUUUGUGCACUUUAAAAAAGAAAAACUUUCGCUUUACAUUGAGUUUUUCUCUAUACUUAUUAACAUAUGAGAUGACAGUGUUAAAUUUAAAUUAAUCAGCUACUUUAAAUUUGUAUCUCAAACACUCUACUUUUAUAGCCAACAUUAAGUCUGUAUAAAAGCUAAUUUUUAUUGAUACAAAAAAGAUGGAAAAAUUAUUUAUCAUUUAUAUUAUUAAGAAAACAAUGUGAAGCUUUCUAUUAUAAAUAUUAUUUUGAAUAAAAAACAUUAUAAAUAAAAAUUGGUAAGAAACAUGUGUGCAAGACUUUUAGCAUGUCCUUUGUGCUCACAACCAGGUUUUUUAACAUUGGAUGCAUUGCGAGCAGGAUUAAUAAGCGUAGCAACACGACCUCUUACAUGCCCUGUGUGUAAUGAAGUAUUGCUUGGUAUUGAUAAGCUUACUAUUCAUUUAUUCAGCCACACUAUUAAUUUAAGUAAUAAUAAUACAACAGAGUCAUUGAAACAUACAAAUAUUAUUACCAGUACUCAUAAUCCACCAAUAAUAAGUAAUUUAGAAAGUAUUACUUUUCAAGAUUGGAAUAUGUCUAAAAUACAAAUUACAGAUUCAAAUAAACUUUCACAGAAUAACUUAAAUAUUCAAAAUAGUUUAAUAUCAUCGCAAAGUCUGCAAAAUACAAAAGAUGAAGCUUCAAUUUUGAAUCCAGAAGUUUCUAUUCAAAAUCAAAAUUCAUUGAAUCAUAUACCUCAAAUUACAUUUCCACAAAAUUCAAUUUGUGGAAAUAAAGAGAUACAUACACUUCAAAGGAAUAAAGAAAUAGAAUCAGAAAAACUGCCUCAACAAAUGUUACAAGAAACAAUAAAAGUAGAUUAUGCUACACAGUACUUUGAUCAUCAAAACGUUAAAAAUGUAAAAUUUGUACAAAAUUAUCCUGAAACAGAAUAUGAAAAUGUCCAAACAUUUAAAAAUUGGAUAGAGGAUCAACAUUGUGAACAACCAAACAAAGAAGUAGCAGACAAAAUGGGAAGAUCUGUCGAUAAACCUUGUAGUAAUGAACAAAUGAUAAUAACAAACAAACUUCCAAACAUUAUAAGUACAUGUACCAAUAUGCCAUUGGAAAAAGCUAAUGAUAAGAAUAUACAAGAAGACUCAUCUAUUGUAUGUAAUAAAAGACAAAAUGAAAGUCUUGAACAUAAUGAGAUAUUACCUCAAUUAAAACUUAUAAAAACAUUAUCAACAAGACAAAAGACUGAGCGUUGCAAUAUAUGUGGUUUUCAUUUUCCUGAUCAUAAUAUUUUGCUUUUACAUAAGCAAUUAAUACAUAUGAUCAAUGAAAAAGAUUUAAAUGUUAUGCCUGAAAAUUUACUUAAGAAUUAUUCAUGUCACUUAUGCUCUAAAGUAUUUAAAAUGAGAGGUAGUUUAAUGGUGCAUAUGCGAGUAGCACAUAUGGGAUAUAAUUUAGGUUCUUUGGUCAGAGGUGGACAAAUAGAACUCAUACUUAAUGAAAAUAAAUUUAACUGCCCCACAUGUGGAAAAGAAUUUAAAAAGGAACAACAUGUAAUGCAGCAUUUAAAAACACAUGAAGCUAAACAAUGGGAAUGUGAUGUAUGCAAUAAAAUGUUUACAACGAAAUAUUUUCUAAAAAAACAUAAAAGAUUACAUUCAGGAGAAAUGCCUUAUAAGUGCAACAUAUGUAAUAAAACGUUUACUUUCCAGCAGUCAUAUCAUAAACAUAGAUUAUACCAUAAAGAUGAUAAACCUUAUACAUGUACAACUUGUGGCAGAUCAUUUAAAGAAUUAUCUACUUUGCAUAAUCAUGAACGAAUUCAUACAGGAGAAAAACCUUUUGCAUGUGAAACAUGUGGAAAAUGUUUUCGUCAACGUGUUUCAUACUUGGUUCAUCGUAGAAUUCACACAGGUGUAAUGCCUUAUAAAUGCACAACAUGUGGAAAAAGCUUCAGAUACAAGGUAAGUCAAAGAACUCAUAAGUGCCCAGCACAACAAACAGGAAAUGUACAACAAACAAAUAUCAUGGAUCAGAAGUCAGUAAAUUUACCAGAUAUACAAGGUAUACACAAUGAUAUAUGUAAAACUCAAAAGGAUUUUUUAAAGGAAAAUCAAACGAUGCUAGAUAUUGUAAAUAAUGAAGAAAACAAAUAUGUGUUAAUAAUAAAUACUCAAGGUCAGCAUCUUUUAACAAAAGAGUCUAACAUUGAAAAAAUACAAACUAUUGCAAAUACUAACAUUACAAAUAAAAAACAGAAGUUAGAAGAAUGUACAGGGACAAACAAUGAUAAUGAAAAAAUAGGGAAUAUGUGGAAAUCUGACAUUCCUAAUAGUUCUAUAUUUAAGAAACCCUUUGACACUUGUAAAGCAAUACAAUCAAAAAAUGAGAAAUCAUUUCAAGAAGAUACACAUGAUUUCUUUUCAAUGGUAAUGUCUCCCCUUGAAAAUGGACUACCUUCACCCACUGCUGAAAUGGAACACUUAAGAGUAUCAUCCCCCACACAAAAAGGAGAUAUAUCAAAAUCUUAUGAUACUUUUAGAAAUACAGCACAUAUCAUGGAAAUGAAUAUGUUUAAUGCUGAUAUAGAACAAAGUUUUAGCACUGCAGAUAACAACGCAAAUAAUUUACAAACUAUUAACGAAGAAUCAUUGAAACAACUACUGUAUAGUAUUAAUGAAAAAUGAUUAGAGAAUUCGCCAUAAAAAAUUGCAUUAUUAGUUAUCAUCGUUAUAAAUAAAUAAGAAUUUUUCAAAGAAGAAUUAAUUAUAAAAA